AUGAAGUCUUGUUCAACGCGGACAGCCAAUUGUCCGAUUAUAUUUAUUGCACAUAGUCUCGGGGGAACUAUAGUUAGCAGCGUCCUGCUUUAUGCCGACUCAGCACAAGAAACCCCUACUACGGACCUUCGCAGCAUCAUACUUCCAACACAGUCGUUGACUUUGUCAACAAAUCGUAAUUGGACCAGGUCAGUUGAGUUACGUUGA